AUGAAUAAAAAUGAUCCAAAUCGAAAACCUUUUGGCUUUCCAUAUGAUCCAUAUCCAAUCCAAAGUCAAUUAAUGAAUGCAAUUUAUAAUUCGGCUGAACAGGGAAGUAUUGCUAUUUUUGAAUCUCCUACUGGAACUGGAAAAUCUUUGUCUACAAUAUGCGCGGUAAAUUUUUUUGGGAACCAAUUUUGA